CAGGAGGUGCCGUGUGGGCUAAUGGGGGCUGGGGCUGGGGCGUUGAUCAGGGCUGGGAGAGGCCUGCCCCCACGGCAGUGGUGGGCCGGGGGCAGACUCCUCUUCUGUGGGGCCAAGCCCCCCACCUCCGCCCCUCACUCUGCUCUCUGCCCACAGGAGUGGCUGAGCAGGUUCGGCUACCUGCCCCCGGCGGACCCCACAACAGGACAGCUGCAGACACAGGAGGAGCUGUCCAAGGCCGUCGCUGCCAUGCAGCAGUUCGGAGGCCUGGAGGCCACUGGCGUCCUGGAUGAGGCCACCCUGGCCCUGAUGAAGACCCCUCGCUGUUCCCUCCCGGACCUCCCGGCCGCGGCCGUGUCUCGAAGGAGGCGCCAGGCUCCGGCCCCGACCCGGUGGAACAAGAGGAACCUGUCGUGGAGGGUCCGCACCUUCCCUCGGGACUCGCCCCUGGGCCGCGACACGGUGCGCGCGCUCAUGCACUACGCCCUCAAAGUCUGGAGUGACAUCGCACCCCUGGACUUCCACGAGGUGGCCGGCAGCGCCGCCGACAUCCAGAUCGACUUCUCCACGGCCGACCACAACGACCGCUACCCCUUUGACGGCCCUGGCGGCACCGUGGCCCACGCCUUCUUCCCGGGCGAACACCACACCGCAGGGGACGCCCACUUCGACGACGACGAGGCAUGGACCUUCCGCUCCGCAGAUGCCCAUGGCAUGGACCUGUUCGCGGUGGCCGUCCACGAGUUUGGCCAUGCCAUCGGGCUGAGCCACGUGGCGGCCACAAGCUCCAUCAUGCAGCCCUACUACCAGGGCCCGGUCGGCGACCCGCUGCGCUACAGGCUCCCCUACGAGGACAGGGUGCGCGUCUGGCAGUUGUAUGGCGUGCGGGAGUCCGUGUCCCCCACGGCACAGCCGGAUACCCCGGAGCCUGAGGAGCCUCCCCUCCUGCCAGAGCCCCCCGACAAUCGGUCCAGCACCCCGCCCAGGGAGGACGUGCCCCACAGGUGCAGCACUCGCUUUGACGCAGUGGCCCAGAUCCGAGGCGAGGCCUUCUUCUUCAAAGGCAGGUACUUCUGGCGGCUGACCCGGGACCGGCACCUGGUGUCCCUGCAGCCGGCGCAGAUGCACCGCUUCUGGCGAGGCCUGCCGCUGCGUCUGGACAGCGUGGAUGCCGUCUAUGAGCGGACCAGGGACCACAAGAUCGUCUUCUUCAAAGGAGACAGAUACUGGGUGUUUAAGGACAAUAACGUAGAGGAAGGAUACCCGCGGCCCGUCUCCGACUUUGGCCUCCCGCCGGGCGGCAUCGAUGCCGCCUUCUCCUGGGCCCACAAUGACAAGACUUAUUUCUUUAAGGACCAGCUGUACUGGCGCUAUGAUGAGCACAUGCGGCGCAUGGACCCCGGCCACCCCGCCCAGAGCCCCCCGUGGAGGGGCGUCCCCAGCACGCUCGACGACGCCAUGCGCUGGUCAGACGGCGCCGCGUACUUCUUCCGCGGCAAGGAGUACUGGAGGGUGCUGGACAGCGAGCUGGAGGUGGCGCCCGGGUACCCAAGGUCCACCGCCCAGGACUGGCUGGUCUGCAGAGAGCCGCAGGCUGACGCCGAGGGCGCGGGCGCGGAUGGGGAGGCGGGGACCCACGCCCGGCCGGGACAGCACGACCGGAGCCGCCAGAACGGCUACGAGGUCUGCUCCUGCACCUCCCUUGCCUCCCCUGCCCCCGGGGCCUCCGGCCCACUGCUGGCCGUCAUGCUGCUGCUGUCGCCCCGUCUGCUGUGGACAGUGGCUCAGGCCCUGGCGCUAUGA